AUGGCCAGCUCAAAAGCUGCUCUGAUUUUGGAGAACUAUAUAGGUGGCCAGUUUGUUCCUUGUGCGUCUUAUUUAGAUUCCUAUGACCCCUCCAUAGGAGAAGUAUAUUGUAAGGUACCAGACAGUGGCAAAGAAGAGGUGGAGGCUGCAGUCAAAGCUGCCCAAAAUGCCUUCCCAGGGUGGUCUGCCAAAAGUCCUCAAGACAGGUCAAAAAUAAUGAGCAAGCUGGCGGACCUCAUUGAAGAAGAUCUGGAGUCCUUUGCACAAGCAGAAUCCAAAGAUCAAGGGAAAACAAUUACGUUUGCUAGAAUGGUGGACAUCCCCCGGGCAAUAUACAACUUCCGGUUUUUUUCAUCUUCCAUUCUUCACCAGACAUCAGAGAGUACACAGAUGGACCAUAUGGAUUGUAUGCAUUAUACUGUGAGAACACCAGUGGGAAUUGCUGGCUUAAUUAGCCCUUGGAAUUUGCCACUUUACUUGCUGACUUGGAAAAUUGCCCCAGCUGUCAUGUGUGGAAACACUGUCAUUGCCAAGCCCAGUGAAAUGACGUCAGUCACUGCUUGGAUGAUGUGCAAGCUUCUAGACAAAGCAGGAUUCCCCCCAGGUGUCGUGAACAUCAUAUUUGGGCAUGGCUCCAAAGCUGGGGAUGCUCUAGUCUCCCAUCCAAAGGUACCACUGAUUUCCUUCACUGGAAGCACACUUACUGGUCAGCGCAUCAUUGAAAGGAGUGCUCCAUUUUGCAAGAAGCUCUCAUUGGAGCUUGGAGGCAAGAAUCCGGCCAUCAUCUUUGAGGAUGCCAUUUUGGAUAAAUGCAUCCCUGCCACUGUAAGAUCCAGCUUUGCUAAUCAGGGUGAAAUAUGUCUGUGCACAAGCAGAAUCUUUGUUCAGCGGACCAUUUACUCAGAGUUUUUGAAAAGGUUUGUGGAGGCUGUCAAAAAAUGGAAGGUUGGAAGCCCUUCAGAUCCCACAACUGAUGUGGGAGCACUGAUAAGUAAAGAACAUUUAGCAAAGGUAAAGAAUUCUAUCAAAAAAGCUCAGGAAGAAGGAGUUAGGAUCCUGUGUGGUGAGGGAAAGGACCUCUUGUUUCUUCAUCCUAGAAACCAGAAUGGCUACUUCCUGCUUCCAACAGUCAUUGCUGAUAUUGAAGAUAACUCAUGUUGCAUGCAAGAUGAGAUCUUUGGUCCUGUGACCUGCAUCACAGUGUUUGAUACCGAAGAGGAAGUAAUUACAAGAGCAAAUGGGGUCAAAUAUGGCCUGGCAGCCACUGUCUGGUCAAGAAACGUGGGACAGGUUCAUCGUGUUGCUAAGAGACUCCAGUGUGGAUUGGUGUGGACCAACUGUUGGCUCAUCAGGGAUUUAAAUUUGCCCUUUGGUGGCAUAAAAGCCUCAGGUAUAGGCAGAGAGGGGGCAAAGGACUCCUACGAAUUUUUCACAGAAUCAAAAACAAUUACUAUAAAACACUGA